AUGGGGUAAAAUAAACUAAAUGUCAUAGUUUAGGAGGAAAAUUGAACCAAGUUAUAGUUUAGGGGGUUAUCCAAACUUUGGCUAUAGUUGAGAGGGUAAAUUGAACUUUUUUCUUAUUUGACUAACAACACAGUCAGGCCCUGUCCUAACUCUUAACCCAGCCCAGACCAAAAACGAAAGGAAUAAGGCCCUGUUUGGUUUCCAUAAAUCACUUGACUUAUAAGUCAGGUGACCAAAAUUUAGUGACUUAUAAGUCUAGUCUGUUUGGUUGUAGGUGACUUAUAAGCUCUCUCCCUCCCGAGCCCCUCCCUCCAGCCCCAUCCGCCCGCCCCCCUUCUCUCCCUCCCCACCGACUGCCUCCUCGCCACGCCCCUCCACCGGCGGCCGGCGGACGGGUCUGCGCCCUCCCUCCCUCCCUCCCAAACCAUUCACUCUCUCUCUCUCUACGUCGUGCUGCCCCUACACCGCCUCCUGGGUGCCGGCGAGCCUCACCGCCCCACGCUCGCGCCUCCUCCGACGCGGAUCCACUCGCCGUCCUCCGCCUUCGCGCGCGCGGCCGCAACAGGGAGCGCCUCGGCUCCUCCGCGUGCGUGGACCCGAGCUCGCGCGGCACACGGCGGCCGAAUCUGGGGCGAGGAGCGGUGCGGCGGCGGCGGUGGCGGCGAGAUUGGGAGGGAGGCGGCGGCGGCGAGGACAGGAGAGCUGGAGGGAGGAGGCUGCCUGCGGGACGGCUCGCGUUGGGCGGCAACUCGGGCCGAUAGGGUUGGACGUGGGCCCCACGCGAAAAAGGUGUGGGCCCCACGCGGAAAGGGGUGGCUUAUAAGUUUUAAGCAGGGUUGAACCAGUUUAUUGCUUAUAAGUUGGGCUGACUUAUAAGUUGGUAGUAUUUGGCAAAAUAACUCACUUUUUGACUUAUAAGUUGGUGACUUAUUUGGAACCAAACAGGGCCUAAAAACCACGGUGAUGUUGUCACUGACUCGUGGGACCGUGCUCGCCAGAACCCACCCGUUAGUAAUCACAUGAAAGAAUGCAAAGGUGUUAAGGAUAUGUGGGAGGUUGAUAUAUGGAUGUACAGAUGACCAUGCAGGUUGUAUUUUUGGUUUGUUUUCUGUUGGAUACCUUUGCCAAUCUAAAUAAUUUUUCAAGACAGAUAAAAGAUAAUGGUGUUGCUAUGUCAACUUACAUUUCUCUUCUCUUUUGAGCUGAUGUUGUAAUGAGACUGCUUGUUUGGCAAGUGUCCUAGUAGUACACAAAAAAGGGAAAUCACCUAGCAACUUUAGUUAACCAAAACCGCCAAUACUGAGAACAACUUGAGGAGAUUUUUUUUUCAUGAGCCUCUUCUUUCUACUGUCUUUGGGACGAACUCAAGAUUCAUAGCUGGAGGAUGUUGAAGGAAUCACUGUACAUGUUAAAUGGUAAUUGUGUUGAGUUCAGAGUGCAUGUUUGUUUUGAACACACAAAGGUAAUUUGUGACCAUCUGAAUGCAUCUGCGCCAUGGAUGGUAGUACUAUUGGUGGAUAUAUGUAGUGUGUUGCUUAAGCUGUAGAUAGCCUGGGCUGAACAGACUUGAUGUACCUGCUCUCAUUCUAAUGAUUAGGGUGGCCAUCAUCACUGUCCAACAUCUGGUUGUAUCCUAUUAGCAAGUUAUUUCUACCUUUUCUAUACCUUGCUUCCAAUAAACAUGUUUGGGAUUUGUUUAGAGGCUUACCCCUAACCUAUAAGCUUAACAAAUUAUUAACCCAGCGAUUUUUUCUUUCUCGAGGAAGCCAUGAUGAAACAAUUAGAGUAACUUGACCUCUACGUUGAGGAAUAAGCUCCUCUAAUGAGUAGCUACUUUUUGGUGAUGAAAAUACAGCUAUGUUGAUUCAAGAGUACUCUUGAUUCAAUUAUGUUAGUUCAUGUAACAUUGGCUUUCUAGGUGAUAACCCAGACAUGGCAGACUGCAAACAAGAUGAAGGUUCAAAGAGGUAGUUUACCUGGAUCUGCAGACUCUAACGCUGCCCAGGACAAUGACAACCUCCGUAUAAGAAGAUACAUAGCAAAAUACACCAUAAAUCCAGCAAUAGUGAAUAGGUUUUCAGACUUUGUUGGUUCUGUUGAGGCGGGAAAAUUAGCUGACCUUGUUCUUUGGAAACCUUCUUUCUUUGGCGCUAAACCAGAACUGGUUGUCAAGGGAGGUGCAAUUGCAUGGGCUAAUAUGGGUGAUCCAAAUGCUAGUAUUCCAACACCUGAACCUGUUGUGAUGCGACCUAUGUUUGGUGCAUUUGGAAAGGCUGGAAGUUCCAACUCAAUUGCAUUUGUGAGCAAGGCUGCUAAAGAAGCUGGUGUUGCAAUGGAGUACAAAUUAGAAAAGAGGGUGGAAGCUGUUGGUGGGGGUUUGCCGUUUGACAAAGCUUGACAUGAAGCUCAAUGACGCUCUUCCGAAAAUAGAAGUCGACCCUGAGACCUACACAGCGACUGCUGAUGGAGAGGUUUUGACAUGCCAACCAGCACCCACAGUACCACUGUCUCGGAAUUACCUCCUAUUCUAGAAAAGACAAUGCAUCAGCAAUCCUUUUUUCUUGAGAGGCUACACGGAGAAGACACACACCACUACUACUACGCCCUCCACAUGUACAUCAUAUACGACGUGUCCUAUGACAUGCUUCAGCAGUUAUUGUUUGACAUCAAGAGAUGAAAGUAGUUACUUCCGCCGAUCACAAAUAUAAAGUUCAUCUAGGUUUAUCCUGAGUCAAACUUAUUUAGUUUUGGCCAUCAAUACCAUAAAUUAUAUAAAUUAGUAACAAAAGAUUCAUAUUUUGUGAAAACAUUUCUCAUUAUGAUUCUAAUAAAACCAAUCUUGUGUUGCCAA